AUGGCUGGUGUUGUAAAAGAUGACCACAAUGAUCAGAAAGAUCAUAAGAGAGUUGGGAAGAAGAUCAAGAAGGCGAAAUCUUCCAAGAUGUCCGAACAGAUAUUGAAUGAUCAUCCCCUGCGGCAUCAUGAGACGGUCGAAAUUCCUUUGGCGGUGAAUGAUGAACGACCUGGACCGAGCAAUGAUACCAUUCCGCGGGAAGAGAGUGAAGAGGAACGUAGGGCUCGUCGAAAGGCAGAAAAGGCAGCUCGCUCACAGGCCAACCCAUCAGCUGACGAGGAUUCACCAUUGAAGCACGUAUCGCCAGACAAAAGAAUGCCAGUGGAGAUUGGGAAGAAAGAGAAGAAGAAACGGAAAUUGGACCUGGAGACAGAUGUCGGCCCCGCUCCUGGUAAUGAAAGUAGGAAGAAGAAGGAGAGGAAAAGUGACGGAGAGUCGGCUGAUCAGAUCGUGGUGAAUGUUCCGGGGGAAAAGAAGAAGAAGAAGAAGAAGAAAGAUAGGAAGGCGAAAGGAGAAGAGGAGGAGGUAAUCUUGGAUGAUAAACCUGUAGAUCUUGGCGAAGUGGUCAACAAAGACGAGGUGAAAGAGGUCAUUGUCCAAGAUGUCUUGACCGAUCCUACAUUAUCAGACCAGGCUAAGAAAGCUCUGCAUUAUGUCCACCUUCAUGCUUCAUCGCGAAAAUCGAACUCGCCUUCGGGAUCAAUAUGGAAAUUCAACAAAGCUCGACAAAAUUGGCUUUUGAGGAAUAUAUGGAAUGAUGAGGUCCCAGAUCAAUGGGUAGAACCCGCCAUAAAAUACCUUUGUACGAUCCAAGGUGCAGGAAGAACAAUUUUGGUCGAUACUGCGAAAAGUCAUCUGACCCCGUCUGAGACGGCUGCUAGUACUGGGGAUGAAGUGCAAGAGGGAGAGACAGUGGACAAAUCGGGAGAGACUGAUGUGUCUGGUAGAGCGGAGCCCAAAGAUGGAGCAGAGGUCGAUGGGACAGCUCAGGAAGAUACGGGAGCGGACGAGUUGAGAGGAUUGAGGAAAUUGAGAGCAGCAAGCAAUAUGAGUCUACAAGAUCGUUUAUCAACAUUAGAGCCCAAACCACUUUUCAAUGCCGCAGCGGGAUUAUCGUUGGUAGUAGCCGCUUCGACACAAGGAUAUAGUUAUAAUUUUGCUCUUUCCGGCUGGAUCACCCUCAUCAUAUGGUCUGAAAUGUGUGACUUUGUCGAUCACGAGUUUAUCCAGUAUUAG